UAUACAGCUUAUAUAUGUUUAUCUCACAGUUGACAUAAGAUGAUUCCAUUGGAAGCUCAGAAAACAUACAUAAAUACGUUAAGGACUUUUACUCUCUCACACACAAUGUCGCUGAGGCCAACUUCUCGAACUGAAGUGCGGAAGAAAGCAUACAAAAGUGGGGUCGAUGCAGAGGACGCUCGUCGAAGAAGAGGGGACAAUUUGGUGGAGAUAAGGAAGAAUAAAAGAGAAGAUAGUCUUUUGAAGAAACGAAGAGAGGGACUUGUUCUUCAGUCUCAGCCUUUAACUGAAAGCAAUGCUUCUAUGGAGAAAAAGUUGGAGAGUAUACCUUCAAUGGUGCAAGGAGUAUCAUCUGAUAAUCCUGCCUCACAAUUGGAAGCCACCACUCAAUUCAGAAAGCUGUUAUCAAUUGAGCGUUGCCCCCCAAUCGAGGAGGUAAUCAGAGCAGGUGUUGUGCCUCGGUUUGUGGAGUUUCUUGAUAGGCAUGAUGUACCUCAACUGCAAUUUGAGGCAGCAUGGGCUUUGACCAACAUUGCAUCUGGUACAUCAGAGCAUACGCGAGUUGUUAUUGAUCAUGGUGCUGUGCCUAAGUUUGUGCAACUCUUGGGUUCUUCAAGUGAUGAUGUUCGAGAACAGGCUGUAUGGGCAUUGGGCAAUGUUGCAGGUGACUCCCCAAGUUGUAGAGAUCUUGUUCUUAGUCAUGGCGCAUUAAUGCCAUUACUGGCUCAGUUGAAUGAGCACUCAAAACUGUCUAUGCUAAGGAAUGCUACUUGGACUUUAUCGAACUUCUGCCGUGGCAAGCCACCGGCACCAUUUGACCAGGUGAAACCUGCAUUGGUAGCCCUACGGCACCUGAUCUUCUCAACUGAUGAAGAAGUUCUGACUGAUGCUUGCUGGGCCCUUUCAUAUCUUUCUGAUGGCACAAAUGAUAAGAUUCAGGCUGUAAUUGAGGCUGGUGUUUGUCCACGGCUUGUGGAGCUUCUCCUUCAUCCAUCACCAACAGUCCUUGUGCCUGCUCUUCGAACUGUAGGGAACAUAGUUACGGGUGAUGAUACUCAAACUCAGUGUAUAAUCGACCACCAAGGGCUGCCUUGUCUCUACCAACUUCUUACACAAAACUACAAGAAGAGCAUUAAGAAAGAAGCCUGUUGGACGAUUUCAAACAUAACAGCCGGAAGUAAAAGUCAAAUACAGGCUGUUAUUGAGGCAAACAUAAUUGCACCUCUUGUACACCUGCUUCAAAAUGCUGAAUUUGAAGUCAAGAAGGAAGCUGCAUGGGCUAUUUCCAAUGCCACGUCUGGAGGUUCAAGAGAACAGAUUCAAUUCUUGGUAAAUCAAGGCUGUAUCAAACCACUCUGCGAUCUCCUAGUCUGCCCUGAUCCAAGGAUUGUGACAGUGUGCCUUGAGGGCCUUGAAAACAUUCUAAAGAUCGGCGAGGCUGACAAAGAAGCGGGAAAUACCGCGGUCAACAUCUAUUCGGAAAUGAUUGAUGAAUGCGACGGAUUGGAUAAAAUUGAGAACCUGCAGAGCCACGACAACAACGAGAUCUAUGAGAAAGCUGUUAAGAUUUUAGAGAGGUAUUGGGUAGAGGAAGAAGAGGAGCAAAAUCUUCAAGAUGGUACCAACAACCAGGACCAGGAGUUCAAUUUUGGAACUGGCCAGCCUAACAUUCCCUCUGAGGGAUUUAAAUUUUAAUUUAGUUGAAAUACUGGUGUUUCCUUUUUUCACGCUAUCUAUUUAUUCCUUUUAUGUUCUGUAUUUGCGGCUCAGUUUUUGUGGGGGUGGGCGGGCCUUACUUGUGUGAAUUUUAUUCGACAAUGUAAUCUUUAAUUUAUCCUUUUAUUUCCUUUCGAAUAGGAAAGUUUAA